AUGUCAGGACCUCAAACGAAGGGGAAAAUUAUUGUUUGAAAUUAUGUACGACUAUUGGUUGGAAGUUGUUGCUCACUGCAGGCUUCGGUUUAAUUUAAUCCGGCGGCAUCUGCACGGAUUGUAUAGAUGGGAUCUAUAUCUAUCCCAAGAGCAAGAAGCUCCAGCUACCGGCUGACUCCCUCUCUCCACUGCGUGCUUACGACCGCUCUGCAGGCGGAGACUUAUUUUCCUGAUUGCAUCAUGUGGAUUGGACCUUAAUUUGAAACAUACUCUGUAUAUGAAGGGCCGAACUUGGCUGCCGUGAAAUUGAACUAGUACUCCCACUGAUCCGAAUUAAUUGACGCAGUGGCGGCGGCAAUUUAUUCGUAUCAGAUCGAGUACAAUUAUUCUAGUUAACCUUCCAAUUUAAUUCGGUCUGUUGCCCCUGUAUCAUCACGUGAUCUGCCGAUCUGCGCCUCCACUAACGCACAUCCAUUGAUAGGAGUGCACGUCUUCUCCAGGUUUGAGUCUCUAUAUCUACUUCCUUUAGAACCUCUUUUUGUUAAUAAGCUGCCUCAAGAACCUGAUGGUUCUGGUUUUUAUCAUCACAUGUUUGUGUUUAUGCUGUAUCAGCUUUAAUCUGCAGCCGUGGGCCUUCUGGAGGCAGUUCAGGCUAACAAGGAUCCACCAUUCAUUUUAUAUUUUUGAAAAAAAAGGCUUGCCCACGGCCUCUGCAUCGGAACGAUGCAGGAUCCAGGACCAUUCAUGAACGGCUUUCAGUCGUCUUGCGAUAUUCUUAAUAUCCCAACAGCGCCUUCUCUCCCCUCUCCUUUUCCUUCUGUAACCAGGGGAAGCAUUAACUUGGCCCAUUCAAGCAGUGUGUUUCCAAAACAUGUGCCACUCCAUUUAUUGGAGAAAAUGACAAAUGGUUUCUCUAAGGACCGGGAACUUGGUGCCGGUGCAUUUGGGACAGUUUACAAGGUACUCCCUCCGUUUCAAAAUAGAUGACUCAAUUUUAUACUAACUUUGGUAUAAAUUUAGUACAAAGUUGGGUCAUCUAUUUUGGAACGGAGGGAGUACGAUUUAAGAUGUAUACAUGGUUUACUGGCCCCGCACAUUCAUAGCAUUGUUACAUAAACCAUGCACAUGUGCGGUAUGUUGAGCAGGGGGUGCAUAAAAAUGGUGAAACGAUUGCUGUGAAGUUGCUUCAUUCCAUGCCUGGGCGUGAUAAUGAGAAUUUUGAGAAGGAGUUUCGCAACCUUACAAGUCUGCUGCACAAGAAUAUUGUGCGUUUAGUUGGCUUUUGCCAUGAGACUCAGAAAGAAUGUGUACUGCACAAUGAAAAAAUGAUUUUUGCUGAGAGGACACAUAUGGCGCUAUGCUUCGAGUAUAUGCAAAAUGGGGAUCUUGGCAGAUAUCUUUCUGAUGAGUAUAGUGGGCAUGACUGGCCCACACGAUAUGCAAUAAUUAAGGGGAUCUGCGAGGGAUUGAAAUACCUUCACGAGGACUUGAAACCUCCUAUAUAUCAUUUGGAUUUAAAACCAGCUAAUAUAUUAUUGGAUGACAAAAUGGUGCCGAAGCUUGCAGAUUUUGGCUUGUCGAAGCUUUUUGGACAAGAACAAACGCGAGUCACAGAAAGCCGUACAGGAACACUUGGGUAUCUACCGCCAGAAUAUAUAGAUAGCGGUUUAAUAUCAAAUAAGCUGGACAUAUUCAGCCUCGGUGUUAUCAUCAUAAAGAUAAUAGCUGGACCUACAGGUACAGGAAAAAUGGGGGCAUAUGUUACAAGAAUUAUCAGUGAAUGCACUGGAGGCAUACUCCGAACAAGUAAUGAGAUGCGUUAAAAUCGCUUUAAGUUGUGUGGAUAAAGAUCAUCACAAAAGGCCGACUAUAAGGGAUAUUAUUGAUAAGCUAAAUAAGAUGGAGACAAAAGGCCAAGGGUCGUCGACAGAUCAGAUAGUUCCAGUGGAUAUAUGCUCGACAGGAGCACAAGCGUCACCACUUCUUGCUGCUAGCUACACCACACAAGAAACCACCAACACAAAGGGAGUUAGCAGACUGAGAGAGCAUGUACAGUACGCAAUGCGGGACCUGGUGAAUGGGUUAGCCAAGUCAGCAGUGAAGCGGGCGCUGAGCAAGGUCCAG